AUGUCGCCGGAGAUGGAAUUCGUGAAGGUUUUGGGAAAGGGUACUUACGGCUCCGUCGAGCUCUUCAGCCACAAACAAAACGACGGAUCGUUGCUCUACAACGCAGUGAAGAUCAUGGACUCUGAGAACUACGGUUCUAUAGACCAAGAGUUUCGAAUUCUGUCGGAACUCAGAGGAUGUCCUUGUAUCGUGCAAUUGUGUGGGAACUCUCUUGUUCAAGGAAUUGAUUGCAAUGGAAAAAAAGUUUACAUGAUGUCAAUGGAGUAUGCAGCUGCUGGUACUCUAACUAAUUUCAUCAAAAGAAACCGAACGAAGUUGUCGGAUUCUGUUAUUAAAGACUUCACUCGUAUGAUUCUACAAGGAUUGGUCUCGAUUCAUAAUCAUGGUUAUGUUCAUUGUGAUCUUAAACCGGACAAUAUCCUUCUUUUUCCUCUUUACGAUAAAGAUACGUGGAAUUGUUCUUACGAGUUGAAGAUUUCGGAUUUCGGAAUAUCGACAAGGGCCGGAGACAAAUCUGGUUGUUGGAGAGUCGAUGAACCGUGGGUGGGAACGUCUAUCUACAUGUCUCCUGAGUCAGUCAGCGACGGCACCACCGUUGAGAAAACCCUAGAUUUGUGGUCACUUGGUUGCAUUGUGUUGAAGAUGUAUACCGGUAAGCGGCCAUGGUUAGGGUUUGAGAAAGAUGUUAAGUCUCUUCUUUUGAAUCAAAAGGCACCAGAGAUUCCAGAGACUCUGCCGUGUGAUGCAAGGCUGUUUUUGGAGAAGUGUUUCUCAAGAAAACCUGAGGAGAGAGGAUCAGCUUCGGAGUUGCUGUUGCAUCCGUUUUUGACCGGAGAUGAGAAGAAGGGUUCUUCCGUCGCCGGUGGAGAGAGGACGGGGAUGGUGUUGAGGCUCAGAAAACCUCCGCCGAUAUCGAAAGAUAUUCCAACGAAGCCACGGAAAUUGAAGGUUAUUUCACAAAAGCCCCAACAGUUAAAGAAAGUCUCGAAUAAACCCCUAAAGGUGAAGAUUGUUCCUCCGAGACCCCCAAGAUCCGAUUUUGUCCCCGUUCUAUAAAC